AUGUCGGCAGGGCCAGGACCACCCAAAUCGCCAGCUCCGCAUCCACCACGACGGGGACACAGCGUUACCGCCGGACGGCUGACCCGGUACAGGAACCUGCGGGAGCACAAGAGCGUGCUGGACUUUGGCCGAGACUGGAGGGACUGGGAGGUGGACAUUUUUCAGGAUGACGACACUGUGUCGAGUGCCACGACGGAAACGGGCACCGCGACAAGCAUUGGCGUUUGCAUCGGGAUCGCCGUCGAUGAUGAGCAGCAGCAGACAGAACCGCAGCAACUGGCGACGACAGCGGCACAGACACCAGCCAGGAAUACGCAGCAGCAGCAGCAGCGUGGCCAGACGACGCCCUCUUCCGCGGCGAGACGGCGGACGGCACCGGCACUCACGCUCCAACCACCACCGCAAACCCCGCUGCAGUUGUCGCGCCCACAGUCGCAUUGGCAGUGGCCCGAUGUUGGUGUUGGUGUUGGUUUUGGUGCAUUUGAAGACGACGACGACGACGACGACGAGGCAUCCCCCUCUUUUCUCGGACGCGGCACGACCAGCUGCUACUAUGCGUCUAGGUCUAAUCUGAACGAUUACCACCCGUAUUCUUCUAGCACGGAAGCAGCAGAAGCAAGCGUCACAGCGCCGCCGUGUCCCGAGUCUCCUGUGCGGUUCAGCUACCCCAACAGACGGCGGCCAAAAACAGCCCCCAAUGCGGCCGAGAGCCCCUUGCAGGGGGGUUCGCCCAGCACCCCAAGCGAACCGGGUUCCUUAUUUUCCUUAGCGCGCUCCAGUUCCGGGUCCAGGACCCCAGCCCCAGGGGUUUCCUGCACCCACCAGGCCAUUCAGACGAGUGCCCAGCGUCCGCCUGCCCCAUCUGCAGGAUCAGCGUUAUUAUUGCCAGCGUCAGCUGCUGAUGCGGCAGCGGCACCACCACCCCUUCUCCAAGCACUCGCUCUCGGCCAGGUACCUGGUGCUGCUUUGCCUUUAGGAGAAGGACCAUCGCCUGCAGGAUCAGCAGCAGCAGCACCACCACCACCACCAACUGCACCACCGCCGAAUGUACCACCUCCUCCUCCUCCUCCGAAUUUCCUGCCGCCUCCUCUUCCGUUAACCGCAAGGGUAGCACGCGACUCUCUGCCGCCUCCUUUACCCCAGCUGAGGCCUCGCUCGCACAACCCGAUCCUCGUUUCCAACUCCUCGUCAUGCGCCGACCUCAAGCUCUCUGCACGAGCUGACCACGCCCGCUCCCAAAUCAUCACCAAACUCAACCUCCACCCCGUACCCAGCAGAGAACAGCUCAGAGACGCAGAGUGGGAGAAGCACCGCCAGCAGCAACAGCAGCUCCAACAGCAAAUUGAACAGGAGGAGGAAGACGAUCGCCGGCGCAAGGACCAGGAACAGGAGGAGGCCACCCGCUGGGCCGAAGAGGUCGCCCGUCUCGAAGCAGAGACUGAUCGCAUCUUGGCAGAACAGAAGAGGAAGGAUCUCGCAAGACUUCAGGCUCAAUUAGCCGCUGUUCCCGACCCCCCGCCCCGACGAUCGCCCAUCGUCAACAAGUUCGCCUUCUUUCUUAGAAAAGGUCGCAAGUCCGACCCUGCUACGCUCACAAAGUCCCCUCCCACAUACUUUCAGCCACUUUCGCUCGAUUGCCGGCCAGUCAGCGUCAUGGAUCCCUCACGCUUCAUUCAGGCCGGCGGAGGCGGCAUCGUCCCCCAGACCGAUGCCCCCAUCACAGCCAGCAAUGCUGGCGAACGUCGAGUGACAAUUCGGUGUAUGCAGUCGUCCAUCAGCCUGCCCGUCACCCCCGAGACGACUCCCAUGGAAAUUUUGUAUUCGGCCGCCAACCUCAUGACCCAGAACAUCAACCCGCAAACCAGCAUUGUCAUGGAGUGUUACUUCGCCUUUGGCCUGGAGCGUCGACUUAGGCGAUAUGAGAGGGUGAGAGAUGUCUUGAACUCAUGGGACCGUGACAGCCAGCACUGCCUUCUCAUCAUCCCUGGAGACUCUGUCGACAAGAACCCCGAUCUAAACGUCGAAGUCGUGCCCCGCACCAUUGACCCCCCGGCCGGUCUGAUCAACUUUUUGAUGUACCACUCUUCGCGACCCGGGAAGUGGAACAAACGCUACAUCACCAUCAGGGAGGAUGGGCAGGUGUUUUCCGCCAAGAAGAAGGACGCCAAGGUCUCGGACAAGGAUUCGCUUUCACUGUGUCAUCUUUCGGAUUUUGACCUCUACUCAGUCACAGAGAAGGACAUGUUGAAGCAAAUCAGAGCACCCAAGAAGAACACAUUUGCCGUGAAGAGUCAGCAAAAGUCCAGCGUGUUCCAAAACACCGAAAACUUCAUCCACUUCUUCUCGACCGAUGACGCUAGACUCGCCGAAGACUUUAAGAGAGUCCUGCAUUCAUGGCGCAGUUGGUACCUGGUCAACAAGAAGGUUGAUCUGAGUAAGCCAAAGAAGACAUCGCGCAGCCCGAACGAGAAGCCCUCAAGUGGUCUUGCCAGAAGCGGGACCCUGCACCGACUCAAAGUAUCGGUAGACGAGACCCCGUACACGAUUGGAACAUUCUCUCCGCUCCUGGAUAUGGAAAAGCUCGAAAAGUCCAUCGACGACAUUGGUAGGGAGCCCGAGAAGCACUCAAUGCGGCCGGCAGAGCAGCUCUCUGUUCCGAAGCAGCAAAAGGUCGUCUCUCGUUCAAGGACUACGCCCAACCUUGCUUCUCCGAUGUCGAGGAAGCAUAUUGAUCCAUUUGCCAGGGACCAGGAAUUCAGAAACAGUGGUUUGCUGGGGCGCGCGUAUGAAGGACGAAAGCAGCAGGCUGAGAAGAACGCGGCAGCUGCAGCUCACGAAGAUCUCUCGCCCGACAGCCCUUUUACUGGAGGGCUUCUCACCAACUACCCGGAGCCUGAGAUGCAAACGUCCGGCCAGCUGAGCGGGAUGCCCGCGAGAAGAGGUACGGUGCGCACGUCCCGGUCGGCCGUGGAACCAAUGGCCCAACCCCGAAGCCGGUCCCGCCCGCCCGUCGCUCGUCCAACUACGUCAGCACGCCCGACAACAUCGGACGGACCGUCCCAGAGGAAACCAGGGAUGCCUCAGCCUCUGGUCGACCUAACACCCAAGGUCCCAGACUUGCCCGCCGCUUGGCGAGAGGGUCACGGCCGUGGAAUCAAGGCGCCGACAGGCACGCCUUUGAUUCAGAUGGCCACGGGCUGGGAAAACUCACCGGAUACCACAAUGGCACCGCAACUGCCAACCGUAACUCGCAUGGGUACGACCAAGGCGUACCCGCCUCAGCGCAUGGCUUCGCAGUCGGCGGCCUCAAGACCGAGGAGUCGCUCGACGGCUGGUGGCGCACCCGUCCGCCGAGUCGUGUCCAACGAGCAACCACCCAUGCCGUUGAUGCCGAGACGGACUUCGCGACAAAAUGACGAGGACGUGCCGCUGAUCAAUUUCGUCGAGCGCGAGCGAGGUCGCGACGCGAGACCCCGCGCCUCGCAGGGCCUUGGUCGGAGUGGCACUGUCAGACAUUGA